AUGUCUCGUAAAAUUAGCGGUAUCAAUAAAAGAUUAGAUGGAAUUUACGAAGAAAAUAUUAGGUACUCGUUGAAUGCUAGUGGUUUUCACCCUGACCAAACUAGGGAGCAACCUAAUCGUCUAACAUCAUCGGUGGUAGAUGAUUCAGUGCUUAUAGGGAGGGAUGAUGCAAAAUCAGACAUGGUAAAAUUUUUGUCUGACAAGUCGUUACCACCAUCAUUAUCCAUUGUGGGUAUGGGUGGACUUGGCAAGACUUCACUAGCUCAGUUGGUCUACAAUGAUGAGUCCAUAGGAAAAUACUUUGAGCUAAAGAUGUGGGUUUGCAUAUCUGAUGAUUUCAAUGUCUAUAAGAUCUUACAAAAUAUCUUAGAGUCCAUUACUGGAGGCACAUGUGGUGAUCUAUCAAAUGUUGAUGUCCUGGCGAAUAAGGUUAAGGAAAGGUUGGCCGGUAAAAGGUAUCUGCUAGUUUUGGACGAUUUGUGGAACGAGGAUAUUGAUGAUUGGGAAAAACUAAAGAAUGUUCUUGGCUUCGGCAGCAAAAUCUUAGUCACUACACGUAACCAAAAGGUUGCAGAUGUUGUUGGGGGUAAAAUUUACAAUUUUAAAAAAAUUAUCAGAUGCUGA